CCUCGUCCUGACCCAUCUGGACAGCACUCAAUUCACAUCGAACUCCCGCUCAUCAGGGAUUUGAUAUCAAGCAAGCUUAAUCAGCUUCCAUCCCGCCACCGCAUGGGUUUCAUAGAGAAGCUGUCACAUUUUGAUGCGGAGGUUGGUAAGGCGUGUUCAGUUAUUAAACAGAAUCUUCAGCAGAUUGUUGAGAAACAAUUCAAUCUAUCUGAUGUUUUUGGCGAGUUAAUUGAUGAGGUCCUCCGUGCCGAGGCGGGUGACAACGAAGAUGCUUAUGAUGUGCAGAAAACCACAUCAAAAUCAGAUGAUAUUCUUCCCCAGACAGCUGAAGGAUGUACGUGUCCGGCCCCCCCAACUGUACCCGAUAUGUCUACUCCAGUUUCUCAGCUGGAUACGCAGUUUACAGACACACAGGGUAAACAUGGUGACGGUGGCAAGAACAUGCCGACCAAUACAAACGUCACUCCUAAAGCAACACCACACAUGGAUCCUGACGCGCCGAUAUUUGAUGCGACACCGCAAAUCAAGUCUACUGGCGGCGUACAACAAGUGGCAGAAACAGACUUGCCUGACAUUGGUCCAUGCUUUGAUCAGACUCCAUCUGAACAUGUUUAUGUUGAAACCGAUCCAGCUACAAACACUCCACAGGUUGGCCAGGCUUCUCUUGAUUCGGAGAUGCAAACUGUGUUAGCUCUACGCGAAUAUUUGUGUGGUCUGCAAUCUGACACCCGCAGGUACGAAGUUCAUACUUAA